UCCUUGAUUCUAAAUAUUCAGAUACUCUCGAGCCUCUCGAACAUCUGCUCCUCGCUGUUCUUUCUUUUCAGAAAAAUCAUAAAAAAUUAUUUAUACAGGUUUUUUUUUUAUUGCUUUGACUCAUAAAUAAAAAGCUCUUUCUCGUUUUUUUUUUUCAAUUCUAAACGUCGAAAGUUAUUUUUAAUCUGAAAUCCUGAAAAUAACGAUGGCCUUGAAAAUACGUGUUGAAUCCCCAAAAGUGAAGUAUACGGAGAAUUAUCUCGAAGCAGAAUACGAAUAUCAAACAACGAAGAUUACAAGGAUUCAGGACCAAAUUCCGAAUUAUACUGUGGUUCCGGAAUCAAAAAAGCUGCUGAUACGAACAGAAAUCAAACUUCCAAAAUUGGGUUUGAUGCUCGUUGGUUGGGGAGGAAAUAAUGGCACAACAAUCACUGCUGCUUUGUUGGCCAACAAAUUAAAACUUUCCUGGGAAACAAAAGAAGGAGUGAAACAUGCAAAUUGGUUUGGAUCUUUGGUACAGGCAUCAACAGUUAAAUUAGGAACAAAUGGCGGAGAAGAUGUCUACGUUCCAAUGUCCUCAAUGCUCCCAAUGGUGGAUCCAAAUGAUAUUGAAGUUGAUGGCUGGGACAUUUCAAGCAUGAAUUUGGCAGACGCGAUGCAAAGAGCCAAGGUUUUGGACAUCAAUUUGCAAAAACAACUCAAGGAGCAUAUGGUCAACGUGAAACCAAAGAAAAGUCUUUAUUAUCCUAAUUUUAUUGCUGCCAAUCAGGAGGACCGAGCUGAUAAUGUAGUCCUUGGAUCGAAAACUGAACAGCUGAACGCUAUCAGGAAAGAUAUUUCCGAAUUUAAAUCUUCAAAAAAACUGGACAAGGUCAUUGUAUUAUGGACAGCAAACACAGAGAGAUUCACUGAAAUUAUUCCCGGAGUCAAUGACACUGCUGAUAAUUUAUUGAAGGCCAUUACAGAGGAUCAACCGGAAAUUAGUCCCAGCACAAUGUUUGCAGUUGCUUCAGCUUUGGAAGGCUGUACUUAUAUAAAUGGAUCGCCGCAAAACACAUUUGUACCUGGCGCAAUAGAGUUGGCGGCAAGGUACAAGACUUUUAUUGCAGGCGAUGAUUUUAAAUCUGGACAGACAAAGUUGAAAUCAGUUUUGGUGGAUUUCCUUGUUUCUGCCGGAAUUAAACCUGUUUCGAUUGUCAGCUACAAUCAUUUGGGCAACAACGAUGGAUUCAAUUUAUCGGCCCCUCAGCAGUUCAGAUCCAAGGAGAUAUCAAAAAGCAAUGUGGUGGACGAUAUGGUGAAUUCAAACCAAAUUCUCUACAAACCUGGAGAAAAACCAGACCACUGUGUGGUCAUAAAAUACGUCCCGUAUGUUGGAGACAGCAAAAGAGCAAUGGACGAAUAUACCUCAGAAUUAAUGUUGGGAGGACACAACACAAUUGUGAUCCACAAUACCUGCGAGGAUUCCCUCCUCGCAAGUCCCAUAAUCCUCGACCUGGUGCUCCUCGCUGAACUUUGCUCCAGGAUCACCUUCAAACCAGCAGAUCUUCCCGAGGAAGCAUUUUCCGGAUUUCACAGCGUUCUUUCCAUACUUUCUUAUCUUUGCAAAGCUCCUUUAGUUCCUAAAGAUUCUCCAGUCGUUAAUGCUUUGUUUAAACAAAGAACUGCAAUUGAAAAUAUUCUCAGAGCUUGCCUUUCACUUCCUGCUGAGAAUUACUUAUUGCUGGAGCACAGACUUCCUUUGAAAUUCUAGAGGACGAUUGACGAAAUUGAUGAAGCUGAUGAUUCUGAUAAAGCUGAUGAAUUUGAUCAAAUUGAUUAUUUUUAUGAAACUCAUGAUUAUUAAGAAGUUGAUGGUUUUAAUGAAACUGAUGAAUUUGAUGAAACUGUAGAUUUGUAUGAAAUUGAUGAUCUUGGAUGAAACUGGUGAUUUUAAUGAAACUGAUUAUUUAUGAUGAAGCUAAUGAUUUUUAUAAAACUGAUGAAUUUUAUGAAACUGAUGAUUUUUGAUAAAAUUGAUGAUCUUGAUGAUUUCGAUGAAACUAGUUAUUUUGAUUUUAAUCAAACUGGCGAUUUUGAUCAAGCGCAUGAAUUUAAUGAAACUGAUGAUUUUUGAUGAAAUUGAUGAUCGUGGUGAAACUGAUGAUUUUGAUGAAACUGAUGAUUGAAAUAAAGCUGAUAAUUGUAAUAAAGCUGAUAAUUGUAAUAAAACUGAAUAUUUUCAUAGAACUGAUGAAUUUGAUGAAACUAAUGAUCUUGAUGAAACGGAUGAUUUUGAUGAAACUGAUGAUUUUAAUAAAGCUGAUAAUUGUAAUGAAACUGAAUAUUUUCACAGAGCUGACAAAUUUUAUGAAAGUGACGAUUUUUAUGAAAUUGAUAAUUUUGAAGAAAUGAUCCAAGGAUUAGAAUCUGUACACAAAGAAUGGUAAACUAAUGAAUUGUGAUUAGUUCACUGAUUAGGAUAAUUACCUCUUCAGACUGUUAACUUCUUAGUAUCUAAAACUAUUUACUUUUUGGAUAUGAUAAGUACAUUGACGUUAGGUUUUGAAUUUAUAGGCUAUAAUUUUACAGAAGGGACUGAUUCAUACAUUUUUUUGAUUUUGUAAUUAGAAAAAAAAUAAAACUCUAUGUA